CAUUGUGGUUCAUUGGUUUCCAGCUUCUCCUUGAUUCAGUAGAUUGCAGCCUUGGCUGCUCCUUUCCUGAUGCGCUGGGCCAGAACGGCGCUGGGUGCUCUACUGGCGCUGGGUGUCUGGGCCGAUCCGGAGGUGACAGAGACCAAAGAGACCAUUGUGCCUUUCGAGGUCAGCGGUUUGAGCUCAGACAUUUGCACUGGUCAAGUGCUGGAGCAGUGGUUUUGCCAUCGAAAUAUGCAGACCAGGUGUUGUUCCAGUCAUGGCCGUGUGAAGCCUUGCCGGCAAGUCCACUGUGUCAUGGGCUGCGUGAACGGCAUUUGCGUGCCGCGCCGGUGACGGCGGAGCAAGUGACUUCCGGGCGACCCAACGAGCUCACCAGAUCGGAAGCGAGAUCAGUUUCACCCCCGGACAGGGACAGAGAUCCGGCUCGGAGGUGCAGGGGGAUAACCAGGCGGUUUUCCUUGGGGCAGUUGGCAUGGCAUUUCAUGGAUAUUUUUGCUCAAAGAGCGAAAAGAUGCCGACUUCUGGUGUAUGUCAAGCGAGAUGGCCGUCUCUUCGUAAUGGCUCCAUCCUGCACUUCUGAGCUGACCUGUACAAAGCGCUGCUCUGAGUGAGGACGGCUCAGACAGCUUGAAGGGCUCGGGAAAAGAGAUCCUUUUUCCCUUCCUUUUUCCCUUUUUCGAAGAAUCGGUAGAUGGAUGUCGUUGAUCUCAGAUCAGAGCUCAGCACCUUGAAUAAUUCGUCCGUUUUGCUGCAACAUGAAGGCUCUGGAGACUCCAAAGACGGGUUGCUGAGAGCUUGUGGUACAUGUCUGACUUGUAUCCCAGCUAAACCUCAACAGAGACGGGAACGGGUUGCGUCAUUUUCGGGUUUGACACAUUCCAGCGGACUUGGUCCAGCCUCCAUGCACGACUCAACGCCGCAGAAAGGCUCCGUGCGGCGAACCAAGCGCGGGGUGCAGCUGCGCUGGGCCAUUGGCCUUGGUGCCACCGCAGGUGCCGGCGAUGCCUUCGCAGGGCUCUCCCUCGCGAGGGCGUGGGGCCCUGCGUGCCCUGCGCGGCAGGGGGUGACAGGGCUGAUGAGUGCUUGGCCAUCGGUGAGAUGGCCCGAGGAAGACGAAGAGCACUUCUUCAACUUCACCCGCUACGGCUGGGAAUGGCAAGAGCGCUGGAGUGUGGAGGAGAAUCUCAUGAGUUUGGUCCGAGCGACGGGCUUGAAUUGCAUCAAGUUCAAAGGAUACAUCGGAGGCCAUUGCAGUGCGGUGCUAUGCAGGCCGAUCGAAGAUGGCUUGGAGGUCGUUGGCCUCGGCAUCAAUGUGCCAAUGCCACAGGCGUUUGCCAGCAACGAGGAAUCUAGGCGCCGUGCAGAGGUUCAUGCAGAAAUGCAGAUCUUGUCCCGGUGUGCCAGGUUUGGCAUUUCGACCAACGGUUGUUGGAUGUGCAUCCAGAGGUUUCCGUGCUGGGAGUGCUGCAAGGCCAUGCUGGCGGCUGGCAUCACGCGAGUAGUUUUUGAGUGUCCCAACGAGGUCCCGAAUGAGAUGCAGGGCUUGCGAACUUGGGGAAGGUCGAUGUUGGCAGCCCAGGCCGCCGGUCUCGAGUGGAUCCCGGUGCGACGGGAUGCCGCGCGCCAGGCCUAUGUCGACCAGCUCUGGAGAAACUACAAGGAGGCGCAAGGCCUGAAUCGUGGUGCAGUCAAAGAGCUGGCACGAGAUGUGAGUCCUGGCAAAGGAAAAAGAAACUGCACUCCCUUGCUGCACUUGGCCUUGCAUGACGCGACCGCUGCGUUCUUGAUCCUGCGGCUUUUGCCACCCCGCACCUGGUGGCAACUGCGCGCGCUGUCCAAAGAGUGGCGGCAGCUCUUAGACGAUCAUGCUGGCUGCAUCGAAGAAAGGCCACCCUCCGAUCUGGCCGGGUUGGACCGGGAAUGCUUCGGACUCGUGAAGCUGCUGGUGGAGGCGGUGGGACCCUUGCGGACGGCGAACGAAGAAGUGGACUUUGCAGGUUGCGUGUACAGAGCGGUGCACUUUGGCAGCACAGGCCCCCUGCAGCAGCUUUUGCGACCCUUAGCAGCGGAGUCCUUUGCGCGUGGCGCCUUUGCUCGGGGAGUGAUUCGAGAGGCCCUUGUGCAAGCAGCAGUGGCAGGGGAUGCGGCGACGUGCCGGGCAGUCCUGCAGCAGCAUGGCCCCAAGUCACAGGCCGCGGUGUCGCGAAGACUGCGAACGGAUGAUGCGGUCAUGGCUUUGAAGGCGGCUGCUGACUGGCAUUUGAUGAGCCCCGACGAUGUGCCGGAACUGCGGCGCCAGGCGGUGGACGAGGUCUUGAAGGCCGUCUUCUGA